AUGCCCUUCGCUCCCCAGGGACCUGUGAUGGACCUGUACAACUCUGAUGAAGGGGAUCUCCUCGCAAUCAGGAGUGAAAUGUGGAUGUGCGCAGACAGUGAAAAGAUGUUCAAGGUGGGCGCUGGCCGGGGGUCAAAGAACAUUGUGAGCAUUGAAAACGGGCAUUUCUUUGUUUACUCCACUUGCGGAAAGCAGUCGCGGUUGAUUAAGGACGUCCCCUUUCAUUCAGUAAAGCGCACUGCGUCAUUUGUACAUGAUCCAAAGGUGUCUGGUGCGUCCACUGUGUCUGGGAUGCAAACGGCGGCUUCGUCCUCGUCAUCUUCAGCACGAUCACGAGAUAGGCGUGCGGAUGUCCAGGUGCCUCCUUACUACUAUCUCGUACUGGAGUUCGUACGGGAUAAAACGGUAGCCGAGUCGACAAACCUAGCAAAGCGUGAGCACGUUGUGUUAUGCACGGAUAACGUGCAGGAUUUUCAGUACUGGCAGCAAUUCGUUGGGAGGUAUAAGUGUCAGUUGAAUCGCACUCAGCGACCUGAUGAGAGUGUAGUGGGAGGGCGACGAAGUGGGAAAGGGUGUGUGAAAAGCGCAUCACAUAAGGAGUGUGAUGAUAGUGGAAGUGAUGAGACGAACCUGGACAUCAGCACACUCACAAUGAAACUAGAUGAGUUGCAGGAGUGGAAACGAAUAGCAGUAGACCUCGCGGAUGCGGUGGCGUCGUCGGGGGCGUUCCCUAACUGUAGACGAGAAUCGUUAUCGAAUACGGAACCAAAUGUGGAGUUUAGUCUGAAAUACGUAGAAAAACUGCUUGGUGAGCUGCGGAAAGGGGUGGAUUGCCGGUUGAAUACACUGAACGAGACACAGCCUCCGCUGCCGCUGGUUAAAGAUCUUAAACAGCAACUGGAAUUGUGGAACAGUCUGUACGACAGAACCUUCUCUGACGACCGCACUUCCGAAGCGAGGGGGCUUUUCACAAAAGAGCGGCAACAAGUGCGUGUGCAACGAAUGGAAAACAUUAUUGCGAGGGAACGUACAGAGGGGUGCACAAAAUUGUCCCCAGUUGUAAGCCGGAGGGAGCUCGUAACAUCACCUGAGGAGUGGUUGCAACUUCCCUGCUUGUCUACCUUAAGUGACGCUGAUAGUGCACAAAACUUAGUUGGAGGACAACGCGAGGGGGGAGUCUUAGACGGUAGCGCAAUUACACUGUUAAGCAGUAGCACAGUCCAUGCGGAUGCACCUCAGGAAGUGUGGCAACGAGAGCGGAACUUGAGUAGUGCAAAUGAAGGUGAUAUGUUCGCCGAAUUGCGGGCGGCGCACCGCAACCUAGGACUGAGAUCAGCUCCUCAACACGAGUUCCACCAGCUGGAACGCGAGAAGAAAAAUACAGAGCGGCUCGCCCGCGAAGGACUCCGUGCUUACACGGAGGCGACAAUUGUACUUCUUCAGGCGUGUUAUAGCGAGUACGUAACGGUGGUGGAAUGUGUGCUAUCUGCCAUAAGCGGCGGCGUGGACACACGCGGCGAAAGAAGGCUUGUUACGGCGUAUGCGCACCUGCAGACGGUUGCAGCACUGGAUGAAGCCCGCCGUGCCGCCACGGCGAAGCAGACUCUUCUAGAGAAUCUUGUGAACGAACUCAAGGACCUCCAAAAGACGCGGGACGAAGAGAUUAACGCAUUACGCAAAACCUUUUUUCGAGCCAAAGACGGAUGGGAGAGUGAUCUCGCAGUAUUGCAAACAAAGUUAAGGACACUGCAGAACACAAUGACACAGACAACAGUCGUCGUGCCUUCCGACACGGUGUCAUUCCCGCCUCUAGAAAGGGCUCUUUGCGGUGGUGAAAGCAGCCAAGAACUGGGGAGGGACAGUGGUGAAGACAAAGUCUCAAACACUAAAAUCGAGAGCGUAGACAAAGCAAGUUAUGAUGAAUGUGAUGAAGCGGAUAGCGACGAAUCCAUUAGGCGGUGGGCAACGCGGCUCACGUGCAGCCACGGUGAACAACGUGGCCACAUUAUAGCGUUCCGUUUAGAACGGUUCUUUCACUGGACACUCGAGAACGUCGUACCACUAUGCUCCGGCGCAGACACAAACUGUUUGUUAGAACUCGUCAUGCGUGCGUUAAGUAAUCACAUAACACUACUUCAAGCUGCAGGUGAGGUCUUCGGUACACAGGAUGUCAAAGUUAGCGUGGACGACAACGGCGUCCGCGAGAGUAGAGACUUAUGCAGUUCAAUCCGAGACUUACACACGCAACACAGCACCCUGAAGCAUCUAGUAGGCAAAUAUAUUGCCCUCACGGAAAAUGAAGAAGACAGCCCCGUACUAAGAUGCGACGAAUUGGAAAAGCAAUUACAGCUCCACCAGUUUAAUACAGCCACAUUAGAUCAUAUAAACAGCCUAUUAGGAACUGACAACAUGACCAUAAAAAGGCGAAUACAGGAUAUGAUUCAAAACGAAGAGCAGCUCCUCAGAAUACAGGAAAUCACAGGAUCAAAAAGAGAAAUAUGCACAGUACAACACGUGCGACAAAAACACGAAGAACUUCGACAAAUGAGCGAACUGAUUAAUCGAUUAGAUCAGUCACGAAUGCACCAAGAAAAAGAUCUAACAACACAAAAUUACGAAGCCUUCACACAAAUGAACACAUCCGUCAAGAAAGCAGAGGAAAUAAUAGAAAAUACAACGAAAAAAUACAACGAGCUACAGCUACGAAUAGACUUCGACAAAAUAGAAUUCAAUGAACGCCUCCAAAUAGUACACGAAUACUACAACGAACAUCCACAGCAUUACCAUAACAACAAGAUAAACAAACAAAUCGAAGAACUAAAUGAAAUAAUAGAAAAACAACAAAAUCUCAUUGGACAUCAAGAUAAAAAAGAAAAAAAAACGGAAAGAAACUCAUCUACACGUGCCCAGUGCCUACAAGGUAUUGAGUCAGCUCUGGCUGUGCUUGGUACAACGGAGGCAGAAAUGCCACUGGCAUCAGCAAUUCAGCGUGCUGCCGAGGAAGCUAAGGUUAGGGAAGACACACUGAAGCAAGAGCUAGACGAGGCUAUGGGACGGGAAACUGCUCUGGAGGAACAACUGCGCAAUCUGUCGCAAGCAACUAUCGCACUACAAGGUACACUGUAUGGUGGAGAAAUGCCUACGGGGAAUGAUGGAUCUGCCUUGGAUGUUGGUCAUGCUGCUAUGAGUGCACUGGAGCGUAUGCGUGAGGACGCUGCUAAGGCAUCGGGGGUCAUGACUGCCGCUAUGCAGGAAGGAGAAAUGAGUGUACCCCUGUUAGCAAAAUGUCACCAUAUGGCAGAGACCACGAAUGCAUUACGCGACAGUGAAAAGCAUUACCGUGCGCUUGUAGGGGAGGACGUCAAGAAGGAUAGCGGUUCCACUGGAACAGAUGACUCAUCUACACGUGCCCAGUGCCUACAAGGUAUUGAGUCAGCUCUGGCUGUGCUUGGUACAACGGAGGCAGAAAUGCCACUGGCAUCAGCAAUUCAGCGUGCUGCCGAGGAAGCUAAGGUUAGGGAAGACACACUGAAGCAAGAGCUAGACGAGGCUAUGGGACGGGAAACUGCUCUGGAGGAACAACUGCGCAAUCUGUCGCAAGCAACUAUCGCACUACAAGGUACACUGUAUGGUGGAGAAAUGCCUACGGGGAAUGAUGGAUCUGCCUUGGAUGUUGGUCAUGCUGCUAUGAGUGCACUGGAGCGUAUGCGUGAGGACGCUGCUAAGGCAUCGGGGGUCAUGACUGCCGCUAUGCAGGAAGGAGAAAUGAGUGUACCCCUGUUAGCAAAAUGCCACCAUAUGGCAGAGACCACGAAUGCAUUACGCGACAGUGAAAAGCAUUACCGUGCGCUUGUAGGGGAGGACGUCAAGAAGGAUAGCGGUUCCACUGGAACAGAUGACUCAUCUACACGUGCCCAGUGCCUACAAGGUAUUGAGUCAGCUCUGGCUGUGCUUGGUACAACGGAGGCAGAAAUGCCACUGGCAUCAGCAAUUCAGCGUGCUGCCGAGGAAGCUAAGGUUAGGGAAGACACACUGAAGCAAGAGCUAGACGAGGCUAUGGGACGGGAAACUGCUCUGGAGGAACAACUGCGCAAUCUGUCGCAAGCAACUAUCGCACUACAAGGUACACUGUAUGGUGGAGAAAUGCCUACGGGGAAUGAUGGAUCUGCCUUGGAUGUUGGUCAUGCUGCUAUGAGUGCACUGGAGCGUAUGCGUGAGGACGCUGCUAAGGCAUCGGGGGUCAUGACUGCCGCUAUGCAGGAAGGAGAAAUGAGUGUACCCCUGUUAGCAAAAUGCCACCAUAUGGCAGAGACCACGAAUGCAUUACGCGACAGUGAAAAGCAUUACCGUGCGCUUGUAGGGGAGGACGUCAAGAAGGAUAGCGGUUCCACUGGAACAGAUGACUCAUCUACACGUGCCCAGUGCCUACAAGGUAUUGAGUCAGCUCUGGCUGUGCUUGGUACAACGGAGGCAGAAAUGCCACUGGCAUCAGCAAUUCAGCGUGCUGCCGAGGAAGCUAAGGUUAGGGAAGACACACUGAAGCAAGAGCUAGACGAGGCUAUGGGACGGGAAACUGCUCUGGAGGAACAACUGCGCAAUCUGUCGCAAGCAACUAUCGCACUACAAGGUACACUGUAUGGUGGAGAAAUGCCUACGGGGAAUGAUGGAUCUGCCUUGGAUGUUGGUCAUGCUGCUAUGAGUGCACUGGAGCGUAUGCGUGAGGACGCUGCUAAGGCAUCGGGGGUCAUGACUGCCGCUAUGCAGGAAGGAGAAAUGAGUGUACCCCUGUUAGCAAAAUGCCACCAUAUGGCAGAGACCACGAAUGCAUUACGCGACAGUGAAAAGCAUUACCGUGCGCUUGUAGGGGAGGACGUCAAGAAGGAUAGCGGUUCCACUGGAACAGAUGACUCAUCUACACGUGCCCAGUGCCUACAAGGUAUUGAGUCAGCUCUGGCUGUGCUUGGUACAACGGAGGCAGAAAUGCCACUGGCAUCAGCAAUUCAGCGUGCUGCCGAGGAAGCUAAGGUUAGGGAAGACACACUGAGGCAAGAGCUAGACGAGGCUAUGGGACGGGAAACUGCUCUGGAGGAACAACUGCGCAAUCUGUCGCAAGCAACUAUCGCACUACAAGGUACAGUAUGUGAAGAUGGUGCGGAUGUGAGUUGUGAUAUUUCUACUUUUGAUCUUUGUAGUGUGGCAUUUCUUUCUUUGGGUGUUAUUGAAAGUGCUUUUGAGUGUUCAAUAUCUCGUGAAGUCUCCCUGAAGAAACAGGUGGAAGAGGCUCAUAAAAGAGAAGUUGCGCUCAGGUCUCGAUUGAAGUCUUUGGCGAGUGCGGCAACAGCUGUUCAGAGUACAUUGGACGGAAAUGCUUCUCCAGAAAGAGUUAGUCCCAAGGAGUCUUCUAUUUGUUCUGGUGAUGAAGUGGAUGGUGACGAUGCUUUUGUUGAUCCUUUUGUUGCCGUUCAACGUGCUGCAGAGGAGUCAAAGGCUUGUAGGAAUGCACUGGAAGAAAAACUGAAGGAGGGUGCUGCACGGAUUGACGCUGUUGAGGGACGGCUCUUGCAACUUUCACGUUCCAUUAUUUGUCUGCACUCUAAGUUGUUUGAUGCAGAAAUAGGUGGCAAUGGUGAGGAACGCGCCGUGGAGUUAAGUGAGUUGGCUCUUGUUGCUGCUGAUGCCAUUGAAAACGCUUUUGAGUGUUCAAUAUCUCGUGAAGUUUCCCUGAAGAAAAAGGUGGAAGAGGCUCAUAAAAGAGAAGUUGCCCUUAAAACGCGUUUGAAAUGCUUGGUUGGUGCGGCAACAGCUGUUCAGUGUACGUUGGAAGGUGGGAAUUAUUCCUGCACCGCAGAUGACCCUUUAAGUUUGUCGGGUUGUGAUAUGUCUGCCUCUACCAACCUGGACGAUUCUGUACUGGGAUCUGUCGCGGCAAUUCAGCGUGCUGCCGAGGAAGCUAAGGUUAGGGAAGACACACUGAAGCAAGAGCUAGACGAGGCUAUGGGACGGGAAACUGCUCUGGAGGAACAACUGCGCAAUCUGUCGCAAGCAACUAUCGCACUACAAGGUACACUGUAUGGUGGAGAAAUGCCUACGGGGAAUGAUGGAUCUGCCUUGGAUGUUGGUCAUGCUGCUAUGAGUGCACUGGAGCGUAUGCGUGAGGACGCUGCUAAGGCAUCGGGGGUCAUGACUGCCGCUAUGCAGGAAGGAGAAAUGAGUGUACCCCUGUUAGCAAAAUGCCACCAUAUGGCAGAGACCACGAAUGCAUUGAAUGAGAACGACCGCGAGCUGCGGAUGAUGUCCAGAAACUUAUCCUUUCAACUCUCUGUAGCUAUGUUGUUUUUGGAAGAGGCUGAAGAACGACUAACCCAUGUUGUUCGGUAUGGAUGGGUCCCGGCGAAAGUUGUUUCUGCCGCACUCUGUGGUUGGUUAGUGUUGUGUUGUGCGGGAGAUUUAUUUCACUGCAGCUCUGGCGACACUAUUUCUACCUUGGUUGAUGUGCGGAAGGAGUUGGAUGAUCUUCGGAAGCUGUGUGGUUCUCAGAAUGCCUUCGAUCACGGGGAAGUUGCGAAUGUGUCGCGGUCGGAAUGCUUGCUCGCGAUUAAGCGAUCCGUCGCUUCUCUUUGCGCUGAUGGCGCCGCAGAUCCGUCGUUACCUCUCCCAACUCAGUUGCAGAAGUGCGUGCAGUCAACCGUGGACGAAAUGUAUCGCCUUCGUGAUGACGCGGAUAGUGCGUUGAGUGAAAACGUCAGACUAAAACGGGAUUUGCAGAUGGUUGUCGGGGGCUGUGAAACCUCCCUCGAGUAUUUGGGAAGUGCGUGUGGAUCCUCUUUGUGUCCCGCACUCAGUCCGCGAUCAGGUGUAGCAGCGGUGUCUAACCUCGUCGUAAUGACGGCACGAAUUGCAAGUGAGAAAUUGUCGAGUCUGCGAUCCGUGUGUGAGGAAUGUAACUCUGUUAUUGAGCGUGCCCGUAGGAGAGAAGAGCGGUCUCACUCGCGGGAGUCUUCGCCAGCGUCACAUCGUGUAGAGGAUGGCGCAGAGGCUUUACUUGUGGAGCGUUGCAAAGAGCUGGUGUCGGAGCUGCUCGUGUUGCGUACCGAUCGACGGACUAGCACGGCUGCAAUAGACCAGAGGCUUAUGGAGAGUGAGUUGAUGGUGACAUCCGUACGAAAUGCCAUAGAGAACCUACGAACUUCCCUUGAUAUCGAUGUACCUAUCGGCACACCUGCCCUGGAUUUAGUAAGGACUUCUGGUAGUUGUGGAGAAGCAGUUGAAGGUGCUAUCAGUGAGAAAAGGCAAGUUUCCGCCACCGGACCGAGUUUAGCGGAACUGGACACCUCUAUCCGUACCCAGCUCGAACUCUGCGUGCUUGCAGUGAUCAGACAAUUACGUGAAAAGGACCGGGUAAUUUCCGCUGCGGCAACUUUGUUGGGAGAUGCGCUGCGUUCAUGCUCCAGUGCCAUUAGAGACGAAGUUACUACUGAUUCGCUUUUAGCGGUUGCAAGCGGUACUGCUCACAGUCUGCACUCCCUAUUCUCAGAGUUACAGAGUGUUCGUGCGUCGCUUAAACAAUCGCAGCACCACACGGAAGAGCUGCGUACGCGGUUGGAGGGGGGAGAAACAACGCAGCUGGCAACUCUGGAGGCGCAGACGGAGUCAGUUGCCACAGCGGAACGGCUACUUAAUGAGGCACUACAACGACAAGUUGCGGCAUCAGCGCAAACAGCAAGACUACAGCGGACGCUCAUGGACUUCGCAGGAAGCAUAGCAGCUUCAACGCUUUAUGCUGACGAUGCAGGUGACCGCGUUGAUAAAACGGGAGAUGUGGGGGCGUCGGUUUCCGUAGUGGAAGAGAGAUGGCUAGACGGUAUUGUAAGGCACGUUGCUCAGCGCAUGCAGGAGUCUGAAAGUCUUAAGGGAAAGCUGAAGUUGGUUACAUCAGAAUUGGAGAGUGUACGAAUAAGGAUGACCGCUACUGAGGUGGCUGCACGGGAAGCAGAAUUGAAUGCGCAGAGUGUGGAAGUCGGUAAUCUCACGCGGAUAGCUGAAGCAACGGCUCGUGUCGAGUUACUUCGCAACGCACUCAGUGAAAGAAGCGUGGAGUUGCAGAAGAUGCACCAGCGUGUAGAGCGUCAUGAGAAACAGGUGGAAACUCUGAAGGCGGAGAUUUCAAACGAUGCGCGUUCUUUUGACAACGAGCGCUGCAGCCUCCUGCGAGCGCAAUCCACGUUGCUAGCAGAAAAUACACUGAAACAGCAACAACUGGAUGAACUUCGCCAAAAGCUAUGGGAAGGUGAGAAAAGUCUCCACGAGUUCCUUCAUAAUUCUCGAGUGGUGUCGUUGGUCGAUGCCACAAAUAAAAUACGGAGCCUCUCGGCCAACGCCGUGUGCGGGGUUUUAAUGCUUGACGAAAUGGAGCGACGCUCCGAGAUACUUCAGAGCUAUAUACUGAGUUUCCCGACGCAGGAAAGUACCCUUCUGAGUGUUUGUGCUUGCAUUGCUAGCACCCUUUCUGAGCGUGAGGUGCAACGACUGCCUGACAGCGUGCACCGACUUAACCAGCGGGUGCAGAAGUACAAACAUUUGCUAGGAAACCCCACCAAAGUGCCAGGACCUACGCGAGCAGUGGCCGUUUUAGCCUUGCAAAAGUUGGCUGAAACAGUGGAGCUAGCGGAAUCCGUGAGCAGCACAUCCUUUGUUUCUAAUUUGAUCGCAGCCGUUGCCGAUUUUCGGACUAGGUAUCUAAUAGCGAACGAGCGGAUAGCUAAACUGGAAAAGGAAGUGAAUAGCGGCGGAACAUUAAUGGAGAUGUGUGACAGACGGGUAUGGGAAAUGGUUAAGUUGCUCCGACAGGCCAACAGUGUCGGAGGGUUACACAGUGGGUCGCAGGAAGGGCCGCGGGGAGAGUGCCAAACCGACGUUGUAGACUUUUCAGUUGCUCAACUUGACGCCCUUCAGAGCUUGGCUUUAGAGUGUGGAAUUGCUGCUAAAUAUAUCCAUCGUCAUACCGAAGCAAACAGGAAGGCAUUGGAAACUCUGCGUCAUGUAUAUGACGGCGAAUCGAUAUUCGAAGCUUGUAGUCACGCCAAUGAAAUGAUGAUGAAGUACCGUGAGUCUGAGGAAGACUUGCGGGCUCAACUACUGGACGUACGUUCGCAGUUGGAAGCAUGUCGACACAGCAUUGAGGAAAGCUUUAGUGUGUUCGCCGAGACGAGUACGUUGAAUGAUGCUAAAAAGGUUGAGUUUCUCCAACAACAGUGUGCUGCCGCUGCGGCGGAAUUAAGGCGUCUCAAAGAUGAAGCGCGCGUAGCACAGGGCCUUCUUGCAAGCGCUGGGCACGAUACCCAUGACGGUGAUAUCUGCAGGAACCUCGCAGAGUUGUUGAAAGAAGAAGAAAAGCAGCGAGAGUGUGUGAACCUACUCCAGUCGGAGAAGAAAUGCGCGCGAAAGCAGUUGCAAGAAUUAGGGAACAAACUGAGAGCAACGGAAGAAAUGAGGAACGCUGAACUAGAAGAGGUGCAAAACCGCAAUGACACAUUGCGCACACGCUUGGAGGAACAGUCGAGGCAAAACAAUGAAUGGUGUCAAUUUGUUUCGACAUGUGCCGGUGUUGUUGGAUGCCCUGUGGAGAACAUGCAGUUUGAAAAGAGCAAAAAUAAGAUACUUCAAACUUUAAGGAAUGUAGCCUCUUCGCAAUCCGUAUGCGCUGAGGCGGGAAUACUCUGCACAACCGCGCAGGAGGAACAACUGCAGUGCCAUCGCGAGGGGGCGAACGCGGCCGUUGCGCGUCUGGACAUGCCAGGUAGCGAAAGAUACCGCUGCCAACUGCUAGAGUUUGUGGGAAGUGUCGAAGAAGUCCUUUCCGAGUUGUGUCCCGAGAAGUCUGAAAGCUUUCUAACAACCAAAGAUGCUCCUUUGGAGCUCCGCGUGUGCCAGGCGGCUGGACAACUGUGUUCGGCAAAAGAUACUGUGCAGGCGAACAUACAAAAACUGGAGGCUGAAAUUGCUUCUGCCAAGAAGAAAAACAAAGCUCAAAAAAGAGAGAUGGAAGAUGCGAGGAAGGCCCUUCACAAGGAACUUGAGGUUGGCGGCCCGGCGGUUGCAUCUUGUGCUCUUUCAACACUUACUGAAGGCAUUCGAAAAAAACUCCGUGAGACGCUUGACGAAAAUCGAAAACUGGGAACGGCCUUGGAGGAGCUACGCAUCGAUAAUGCGCAACUGGAGAGGACUCUAAGGUGUGUGGAACAACAACUCUCUGAGACGCAUACGCAACUACAGUGCAUCACAGAGUCAAAUGGUGAAUGCAGAGGUCAAAAUGCCACCCUGCAGGAGAGAGUUGACCCGCUUACUGAACCUACUGAAGAGGCUUCCAGGAAGUUCAGGAGCCCAACUCAGUCACCCGACAUUGAUGCUGAUGCCGCCGGCCUUGCGCAAGUUCACGAAGUUUGCUUCGGUAGGGGGCCGAGCAUACAACACCGCAGUGAGGAACCACGGGAGUUUGAGGAUAAUCUAAGGGGUAACUGCCGCAGUGAUGCCGCUGCUGUGAUGGACGUAGGUGUAGCGCCGAAAGAACAGCGUUCACUCCUGGAGAGGCUGCAGCAGGUGACCAAGGAACGCGACGUCUUGACAUUGGAAUCGGAAAAACUCGUUGAACGUGUGCAGAGUGUGCUUUAUGAGCACUUGAACGUCCAGCAGGAAUUACUUUCCUAUUGUAGUAACGCAAAUGAAAAUGAGUUGGGGGAAAGCGACACAACCGUGGGGGAUAUUGUCCAGCUUUGCGUUGAGCGUCUGGAGCACUACCUCUCUGAAACAAAGACGCUGAGGGAAGACGCUACCUCCGCAAAACUAGAAAGCGCACGGAUGGCAGAAGAGGUGGCUGCACUACGGGGUCGCAUCAAACACCUCCAGGACGACAACCACGUAGCGGAACGGGACUCACUCAGGCAAAAUGCAGAAUUCGAGAGUCUGUCACGUCAGCUGCAGGCGUUCUUUAACGAUGCAUUGCACAUGGCAGUCAAUGACCUGCGACUCCGCUUGCCACCUGUCACAGACACAAGCGCCAUCGGGGCACUCUACGGUCUCCAGUCUCUUUUCGACUGCAUGCUAAGUAAAUGUCGUGAUUCUAUUGCUUUCGAUGAAGAAAAGCUAAAUUGCAGACUGAACGAACUGAAAGGAAAGCAUGCGAAGGAUUUAAAGAGUUUGCAUCGCGUUUUUUGCGCCCACGUGACGACGUACACGGACGACCCAAAUGACGAGGACUCUGCUCGUAGCGAAGGUGACGGCAGCAGUCCCGUCAAUUUGCCCACCACCGACAGGCUCAGCGGAGGGCUCACACCAGAACAUAUUGUUGCUGCGGGAGACGCACUGCAUCACGUGCACAGCAACGUUUGUCACAUUGUAUGGGCAUGUAUACGACAUGCGGAGAGGGCGCCCCCUCCUUCAUUACAUACAAUGGGCCUACCCGCGCUAACAGCACUUUUAGGGGAGGUUGUCGUUGCCUCACUAGAGCGGGCGGAGCUGCUGCAAGGGGCGAUGGUGGCUGGGUCGAGGGCACUUGGAAUUCUUCCAGUGGACCCUUCUUUAAACCAGCAGCACAUGGAGGAAUGGUUAGAAUGUUUUACCUCAGAAAUUCAGCGCGUUCAGCGAAGCGGUGAAGGUUGUGAGCUCUUGCUUAAUCAUUUAGAGAUUCUCCUACAAGACCACGGGAUCAGCGUCGGAGAGUUAGUCAGCAACAGCCGCAGCCAAAGCACACUCAGUAAUGUUGGUCGACUUUCACAAGACAACCAACUUGGCUCACCCCGUGGUCCCAGCAGCAGCGUGGCGGUGCAGGAUGUCAUGGAGUUUCGCUCUCGUGCACUGCUCGGUGCGUUGCGCGACCUUAUUGCACAAUUUGAGCACCGCUACAGCACACUGACGUCCGAGUGGCAGGCACUAACAGAUCAAAACAACCGGCUCAAGACUUCACAGCAGGCAAAUGAGGAGGAGUUUGCACGCGUCCAGGAGCAAAUGCAAGAGCUGCGGCAUGCUGUAAGAAAGAAGGUUGAAGACGACCGCAAAGUGGAGCAGAGCUUACGUGAUCUAGACAACCAUCUCGACAUGCAAGCAAGGGAGCUUGCCAUGAAGUAUCGUGCAGACCAAGAGGCGAUUUCCAGGCAGUUUGCAGAGUUGCGUGGGUCGAUUCGCAGGGUGGUAAUACCAACACAAGAGCAGUUGGGGACGCCGUCUCCGAAAUACGAUUUCGUGUACCCUAGGGAAUAA